AGUCGCCCUACCACACAUUAAGCAUUAGGGUUUCUCAUAUAAGACAUGAAAGCUUCACACAGACUGGUGGAGGCAUGUCUCGCGCACGUCAACGUUUUCACUCCGUUUCCGUUUCGGGAUGACCUCUCAGGUGCUACGUGCGUCUCUGUCCACCUCAGCAGCAGCACGCGGUGUCGCGUUUAGUUGUCCACUUGGAGCAAAUGCCGUCUCACAUACAAGUGAUCUUUCCUCUCUUCUCUUGUCGGGUUUGAUGAUUUUCAUCGGCAGGUCGCACCGCUUCGCCUCGCUUUGUGCUCCCUCUGAUUGAAUGGCUGUCAUGACUUGUGCCCUCAGGACCGUGAAGCUACAAAAACAGAAGGAGAAGCAGCUCGUUUGGCGAUUCGUCCUUUCAUCCUCUAUGUGUGAUCACGCGCGGUAAUUAGACUGUGGAUCUCUGUGAGUAACAGAUAAAACAAUGACAACAUCUGGAUAUCGACAUACAGGACAUUUCCUGCCUUGCCUUCCUCCCUGUUUGAUUGUUGCCAUGGGGAAGAGUUUGGACUGAGUCACAGGAGGGUUUGAGCGCAGAGGUAAAGAGAGAGAGUCUGUGGAGGCGAAGACAUGGUCAUCACUGACAGAAGCACCCCUGUACCUAAGAAGGAGCCACAGCAGAAGAGCAGGGGAAAGUCCCGCCCUCAUGGCCUGCCCUCUCCAGCGCUCUGCUGUGCUUGCGGCCUCUGCAUCAUGCUGGCCGGACUCAACAUCACACUGGUGGGGGCGUUUGCCUUCAGCACGCUGGUGCCUUCCGCAAACCCCCCCAUCAUCAUUGGACCUAUUUUGCUGCUUGUGGCUUUCUCCUUUUUCGGAGCAUGUUGUGUGUGCAGCCGUCUCCCCCCUCCCCACAGCUCCAGGAGGUCUAAGGUGGGCGGCCGAGGCUCUGGCCUGAUGGGCCACGGUGGGCUGGCAGGAGGAGCGGCGUUUGAAAUAGAGACCAGUGAGCACACGCUGCAGGACACUACAGCUGUGCAGCUCAGCCCUACCUCUUCCCCUGGAUCUUCGCGGGUGUCCAGUCCAGGAAAAGAGGCUCCGGAUGAGGCCCUACCAGGACUCUGCAAGCUGUUCACCAUGGAGACUAACGGCCCUUCUUCUGUUUCCGCCACCGCAGUCUACUCAACCUCCGCGGCAGCAGAAGGAGGGGAGGUGAGGCUCAACCUGCCACGUGAAGAGGUGGUCACCUAGCAGCACAGAGACUCUUCCAAGGCCGGAGCACUGGCAGUGUACAUAUUCUUCUGGAUCGAGGGCUUGCUGAUUGUGAUUGUGUCUUCUAGUUUACGUAGUGCCAUACCUCCAGUUGUGAACAGUCUGCUUUUGAUUUCCCCACUGUGCAGUCAACUGGUUAUUAGCAUGCAUUGUUUCUGGAACAUCAAAGUAUUUGUGGAUCGUAAGUUUGGGAAUUAAAAUUCCUACCUCUCGUGCUGUUUUCCAAGUCUUUGUUUGAAACUUUGGGCAUUACGAACAGUUCUCAUGUGCAGAAAUGUUUCUAUUUCACUGUUUCUCUGGUCUGUGGAAACCUCACCUGUCAGCAGUGAUCCCAGAGGGCUCGUCUGAAACAAAUGAUUGUUGAUUUGUUCUUAGAACUCAAAGAUUAGAUGUGAAAGGUCAACAGUGAGAACAUGAGUGUAAUGGUACAGUUAUGUUUGUCGUGACAUUUGGUAUUUUGUAUGACAUAUACAGCGCUGAGCUUGUUUUGGGGGCAUAAAAUAUCACAUGUCACAAAGGUCCCAAAGCAAUAUUCUCUUCAGAUGAGAUUAAAUUCUUGGCAUUUACAGUUCUUUUAUCAAUGAUUGCACUGUUUUGCUAUAUAGACAUUCCACUAAAAAAUGAACAACUGUGCUCAAAGAGGAGUGUUACCAUAAAUGUUCAUAUUACUGCACAUAAUGUUUGAGGCACUUUUCCUAUUGUUGACUUAUUUGGUCAUCACUCCAACAUUAACCACCAUUGAUGUUUCCUCCCAUAUUCUUGACAAUUUAUUUUCAAAGAGGUCAUCCUAACUCACAACACGUUUUUUUGUCAUUUCUGCUUGCUUGUGUUUUUGUUUUGUUGCAGUCCAGUCUAUUUCCGCUUCUGUACAGAGAGAUUUGAAUCCAGGCAGAUUCAGGUCAGGCUAAUCACAACCAUUUAUCCAAUAUGGCAAUCUGGCUUCAGUCCGUGCACCUCUGACUGCCACUCUCACACUCACACUGACUGAAUAUCUGAGACGCUGUCUCUUUCAAAACAGAAAUGCAAUAAUUUGCCAAUACAACAUAUUUCCAGUUUUACAAAAAAAUCAUAAAGUGUGGCAGUUGCAUUCAUGAAAUAACCACACUGCAAACAUGACAAACUAAGCAACACUUUAUAAAUAAAGCAGAGAAAAGGGCAGAGGUCUGAUCUGGGAUGAACUUAUGUUUAGACCCAUUUUAGAAGUAGUUACACUUACGGUGGUUCCCAAUAGUUUUGCUAGCUUUAGCUAAAGCUAAAAUGGCUGCACUAUGUGGUUAAUGUUACUUCAUAAGCCACUAUAGCUUAGUUAGCUUUAGCAACAUAAGCUCAAGCAAAUGUAGCCAAAGCUAACAUAGCUAUGUAGAUAAUAUAGCUAUAUUGCUUGCCUGGCUGCUUUAUGAACUUAGCUCUAGCUACAUUAGCUACCUAGCAUACACCGCUAACGGAGCUAUGUAAGCUACACUUGCUG